UAAUUUGUCACGUGAUACAAUUUCAUCAUAUGAUUUCAAAAUGUCAACAAAACCAUUUGUUGCAAAUUUUAUUUUCAUUAUUGAAAUCUACGUUCUAAAUGAGAGAGCUGCAACAUGGUAUUAGGCUUAAUCGGAAGUUCAUUUUCUAUACACGAAUGGGACACAAUGAAGCCCAGAAUGGCAGAAGAUGACAUUACAGUAAUAGUAAGAAAUCCUAUAACACACAACACCUGGGACCAGGGAAAAUUUACAACAUAUGAGAUUCAUAUAAAGACACGCAACAGAGCAUUCUCAGUUGGGGAAUCUAUAGUGAGGCGGAGGUACUCUGACUUUGUUUGGCUCAGAAAACAUCUAUAUGACCAACACUUUGAUGUGACUGUUCCAAACCUUCCUAAAAGUGUUUGGUUCAACAGAUUCAGUGAGCAGGUGGUCUCUUCAAGAAUACCAGGCCUAAAACAGUUUCUAGAUAAGGUUGUAGAGGUGACCCAGUAUCUUUCCGACAGCUACGUACACUUGUUCCUGCAGACCUGCCUGUCCCCUAGCGACAUCACCGCUGUCGUAGAAGGACAUAAGGGAAAUGGUGUUGAAGGAGAAAUACUCAAAUAUAGUUCCUCACAGCCUGGGAGUUCCAAUGAUAACCUAGACAUACUCGGAUCUGAUGACUCUGGUAUUGAUAGUGGAUCAUCUCCCAUGACAGUGCCAAACUCCCUAGAUACUGACUAUGUAAUGCCUGGUCCUUCCACCCCUUGUUCAGACUCAGACUCUACCAUUACCAUAGACAGCACAGAUGGGACCAGUUUAUGUGAAAACUGUGGGGGUGAAAGGACAACAAGUGUAGUAAUUCCCCCUCAGGCAUCUAGUACACCAGUUGACAUGGGACAACUCAAUAUAAAUGGCGAUCCAGAAAAUACUAUUCAAAUAACUGAGAAACCAGAGGAAUGUUUUGUAGGAGGAACUAACUUGCAACAUAUAUUACAGCAACAGUCACAAUGUCUAUGUCCUCAGUCACAAAAUCCUACCAAAAAGAACAGGAACAAAAACAAGCGAGUAUCAUUCUCUAAGGAAGUAACUGUCGCUCAAAUUGUUGAAAAACCCAGUCUUCAGAUAAAUUCAGCUGGUCGACAAAGUCAGCCCAAAGUCAAAAUUUUGUCACAUAUAUCUUCCGAUAUAUGCUAGAUGUACAAUGUUUAUAUGUGUUUGUCUCAUAUAGAACUAUGUAGUAUUUAUUUAUUUUUAUAGGAUAUCUUAGGGACUAUAUAGGGUAUCUAAGUUCUCGAAAAUGUUUCACUUUUGGGUCAUGCAGUGUAAUGUGGCAAUGUAUGGAGUUCUCCCCUGGAAAAUGACCAAAUUAGAAAAACCAUGUAACACAUGAAUUCAUAUUGUGUUAAAUAAGCAAUUAACACGUGGGACGUGGGCCCCUACAAGUUAAUUGUAUGUGUUACCAUCAAUUAAUUUUUGAUUUUUUAGUUGUUAUACUUUUAUAUAAUGAGGAUUUAAACCAAACUCUAUCUGUUUAGUUUUUUAUGGAUAUGUUUAAGUUUUUAAAAUAAUUGGAUGUACAACAGUAAUUUGAUAUGCAAACAUCUGUGAUUUGGAUACAUGUGAUUUGGAUUUGUUAGUGGAGCUAAGCUUUUUUGAAGAACUUUGAGUGACCAUUAACAGAAACUUUGUUGAAUUAAUAAAUUGUUAAUGUUGUAACCAUGGACAUAAUGACGUCAUAGUUUGAGAACAAUUAAGAGUCUAUUAACAGAAACCUCAAGUUAGGAACUCAUAUAAAAGUUUGUGUUCUCUUACUUUGCGAUCAUUAUAUCUACGUUCAAAACACUUGAUUUAGAAAUUCUAACUUUGAAAAAGUUUUUGUAAAUGAUCCAUUGGUCAAUAUUGUAAUGUUGUCAUAAAAAGUAAUUUCAAAUUGACAUAUCCAAAAAAUGUAAUUUUCCAUUGAACAUAUCAAACCAAUUAAAAGUUGCAUUAUCAUGUAUAAUUUUGAAAUAUGAUAUUUAUCCAAUGUUUCAUUUGAUAUACUAUACAUUUUUAUUAUAUAUUUUAGUAUAUAACAUUAGUGACAUUGUUUUAGUAAAUAUUAACCUCGUUUAACAAAUAAUAACUUUAUUGUCUGUCUACAGGUUAGGUAAAAGUUGGGCUUUCAAAAAGUCUCUUGAAAGCCCAUGGUAAAAAAAGAAACCCCAAAAAUGCAAUAAACUAUUCACUUCAA